ACUUUCUCAAUGCUAGCACUAUUCAUGAUUUUCUUCGCUUCAACGUCAAUUGGAGUCGCACCCAGCGCCGCCUCUUCCUUCUUCGCUCUUUUAACUUCAGCCUUUUCCAUAAUCUGUUCGGCGCCAUCAUCCUUCCCCACAACAAUGAAACCGUUUCCAUUACUCUCAGCCUUCACCACAGCCUCACCAUCUUCUCCAUCUCCUCUCGCCCUCUUCUCUCCCACAACUUCAAUCACUUCACCCUCGCUCGCCAUUCCAGCAAAUAACACCGAAACCCAGAAACUCAAACCUCCACAGCAACAGAAGAAAAAAUUUAAAAAUAAAAAAAUAAAAAUAAAAAUAAAAACUACCUCCGCAGGGUCUCCUAAACUUAACCCUGCAUAACAACAACAACCGGAUUCAUCACGGUUACUCACUGAAUUUCCACAACUACAAUGCAAGGACUUGUUGCAACUCUGGAAUGCGCACGAGCAAUUCGUCGUGUGCUCGUAAAUGUAGCAACGACAAUUGCAAACAUGAUCAAGUAGCAAUUAGUGAAUCAGUAUCUUUGGUUUCUUGUCCCUCCAAGUAUCUAACAAAAGUUACUUUUCUGUUUUCUAAUUGAACUUUUCUUUUGCUCCUAGUCCUUUAUCCAACUGCCACAUCGGCCCUCAAGCACGGUUCAACGAACCUCCUACCCAGUAACUUAAAGAGGUGCCUCAACUGUGGUACAGGUCAUGGAACUCUUUGUGACAAAAUGAGCUUUCUAAGGUCAUGUGUUCCAUAUGGACAGCAGAAUUUUUUUGUGCAUUCAGUGAUGUAGUUCUUCCUGUAAUAGUCGAUUUGUCACACUGGAUGGAAAGUUAGGACAGAGUCUCUGACCACAUUGCUCUGGAAUCAUUCAUAGACAGUGUUUUGGGGGCAGCUUGAAUCAAAAUUCGGCUCUGUAUGUCUAAGCAAAAAUUGUUUAAAUAGAGUGAGUCCUUCACAGGUAAUGAUCGCAUUCAAUAAUAGAACUCGUCUCCAGCAAAUUUGAGGGUAAACAAAGUGUUACCAUCACCUGCAUACUUUCUGAGUCCCUGCUGAUCACAGCAAAGUUUACACAAACUAUAAAACUGUCCAUAACUUAGCGAAAUUCUCUGGAAGAUCUCCCUGGAGCAGUGUAGGAAUUCCACAGAACCUUCAAGUAAUGCUGAGGUAAUUAGAGCAUGGAGACUGCAAUGGAGAACGAACUCACACCACAUUCAAAAAACCAGGAGAUUCACUCGCGUGAAAUUGAUAUGCAGAUAUGGAAACCCACAUUGCAAACGCGUUCGACAUUGAUGGAUACGAAGUUCAAGAUGAUGACAUUCUCACGAGUCUACAGAAAGUGCGUAUGGAAGAAGCUAGGGCUACAUGCCCUCGCUGCAAACAAGGGUUCUGUGCAACUCACGGUCUGUCCUCAUACAAAAUUGGAGUUUUGCUCUAACAACCAAGUAAAUCAAACUAGAAGAAGCCUUCGACCUGAUUACUUGACAUUGGUGGUAGUAUUCUCAUUAUGCUCAGCGGUGAUUGUGGAUGAAGGCACAAAGUUGGGCGCGUACACAGAGCGUCCGCCGUGGACAGCAAUGACGCAGCUACCAGAUGAGGAACUGGGGGGGGGAGCUUCUCCAGUGGAGGCUCCAGACAGCCUAGAUACAGACACAGAUAACACCCCUGAAACGCUUCAGCGAGUAUGCAAGAAUCAAUGCUGUGGGAAGAGAUUCACGGACGAGGAGAAUACCUCCUUGGCAUGUCAUUACCACCGAGGUCCAAUCAGUUUCAGUGACAGAUCAACAGAAGAACACAAGUGGGUUUGCUGUGAAGCGUCGGUAUCGAGUUUUGAGGAGCUUGCAACCAUCCCACCGUGCACUCGUGGCAAGCAUUAUGCCCCUCCAGACAGGAAAUAGAUUAAAACAUUUACAUAAGUUUGUUUGUAUUGAGUAUUAAUCAGAAUGUGUUUCACUUAGUAUUUCCUUUCGUUCUGAAUUUUUCAGAACAGAUCCAAAUAAAUAAUUACAAUAUAUAUAUAUAUAUAUAUAUAUAUAUAUUCUAACAUCACUCAAAACAAACAAAAAUU